UCAGACAUUUCCCCCUUUGCUACCCAGCACAUAGAACAAAACAGAUCAAAACACCCCAAAUUUUUACCAACGUUACAGUUUUUGCUUGAUUUCUGAUAUAUUUUUGAUUCUAUUGCAAUGUCUUGCAGAGGUUGCCCCCCAUAUAAUGAGCAGGACAAAUCCGGCAUAUAUUUUCCCCGCUGCUUUCAGUGGAUCCGCGGUGCCUGCACCAGAAAGAAUCCCGGCAAUGUGGCAAAUCUUCACAGUUUGGCUCAGCAAGUGAUGCCCAAGUUCUUUGAUGGCCUCGAACUCGAUUAUAUGCAUCGUCUGGCACCGCACAAAUAUAUCACAGCCUCUUGGGUGUUGAGUCACGUGAAGGCAGCGGGCUUUCGCUUUGGCGGUCUCUAUACAUUUCGACUCGCAAAUGAUGUUUUGCUUACACCCACAAUUAUUGGCGAUAUACAUCCGUCGACGCAAGCUGCCAAUCUGAAUAUACUUUACUAUCCGUUUGAAUGCCUGCGCCUGGAGGCCACCCUGCAGAAGGGCAACGAGAAGACGCCCGUCGAUAGCCAAUAUACCAUUGAAUUGACACGCCCCUGUGACACUUGGUCCGCUAAUUUCUAUAAUGUUAGCAAGGAUAGUGGCCGCUGUACAUUAUCAAUGAUGCGGGCAUUUACCACACAUGUGGCACUGGGCGGAGAGCUGCUGUUGGAGUGGAAUACUCCACAGAAACUAUCGACGGACUAUGCUUUGGCAGCGCGUUAUUCGCAUCACAAUUAUGCUGUCGGGGCCUCAGCCUCGCGUAACGGCAUCGAUAUUAGCUACUGGCAGCGCAUCUAUCCACAGAUACAGAUGGCCAAUCUGUUGGCCUACAAUUAUAGCACAAACAAGACAAUUGCCACAAUUGGCUAUCAAUGGAACUUUUGGGACGCAGCGGUACAUGGCAUGCUCGAUUCGGAUGCUUCUGUGGGCAUUAUGUGGACCAAAUAUCUCAGCAGUUUUCCGCUGGAAAUGGGCUUGAGUGUGGUCAUGAGCAUACCGACAGAUCGUUUUGCCUUUGGCAUGCGUUUUGUUGUGGAUCCGAGUGGCUAUCGUCGCGGCGCUUAAUUUCUUUUUAUAUUUUAUAUUUGUUUUAAAUUUUACCCACCAAAUUACCAAUCGAUUUUGUAGUUUAAAAGACAUUAAGCGAUUUUAACUUUCGCAAAAAUCAAA